CAAACAUUAUAAAUAUGUAAUACACAAUUUAUUUAUUUUCUAAAAAAAAAACCAAACACCUGUAGAAAAAAUUUAAAGGUAUGCAAUUGAAAUCGAGUCGGGAGGCGUGAAAGGGAAUCUGUUGUCCGAAUUGUUCAUGUUCUUUUAGCUUGCACGAUCGAUGAUGAAGCACAUGAAGCCGCUGAGUCUGUACCAGAAGUUGCUGAAAACGCCUGCUGGAGAACGAGGGCGGUUGCUUGGUUUAGAUGUCGGUGAUAAGUAUGUUGGCCUCGCGGUUUCAGAUGUUAACAAUAAAGUUGCUUCACCUUUAAGUGUCCUGGUUAGGAAGAAAAGCAAUAUCGGUUUGAUGGCUAUUGAUUUUGAAUUUCUGAUAUCAAAACUGUCUUUGUCGGCUUUUAUUGUUGGGUGCCCAUAUGACAGACAAAGAAACUGUCCAGAAGCUACCCAAGUGAAAGUAUUUAUUGACAGCCUUUGUAAAACGGGGAAACUUGAAGGUGUUGGAUAUACAUUUUGGGACGAGUGCUUCACAUCAAAGAAUGUGGAUCUAUUGUUGGAGCCAUUGAAAUUCUCCACAGUGGAAGCAAAAACAAUAAAUGACAAAUUUGCGGCUGUUGGAAUACUGCAGGGAUAUCUGGAUUAUGUUAACAGGAAUGUGGAGACAGAGCAAAGCCAAUAAAGAUCCCUCCUUGUUCUAGACCAUCACUAUGAUGAUUCAAAUAUUAAAUUACAAAUCCUACAAUUUGGGUUGCAUUUCAACUUUGAAAUGUAAUGUCAAUAGAGGAGUUAUAAUUUAGAUCAUACCAGUAGCUUAGUUUGGCCUGAUUAUUGUAUUCCUUCUUCAACAAUUAUGUAUGUAAUAAUAGAUUCUUAUAGAUAGAUAUCUCAAAGACAUAUUAUGGAAGGUCUUAUUUAAUUUGUGUAUCAAGUUUUAUUGUGGGUCCUUUUUUGUAUUUUGACAAGGGAAUGGUUAAACACCC